GUCGUGGCUUUGGCGGGAAAAUUCCAGAUUGUUAAAAAUAAAUAAACGAAGAAACGGAGUAACAUGGAAGACAUCGUAAGAAAAACUGCCACGCAUUUGUUUGAAUUCCUAAGGAAGGAAAAAGAAAAGCAUGGCAAAGUUACUGAUGAAGCACUUUCAUUACUAAACUGUCUUUUCCCCACAAUGCUGGUACAUUCACUUGAUCUCGUUGACAGAAAAUUUAUUACCAAAUUUCUUACUCCUGCCAAGCGUGAAUUUUUCCAGGUAAAAGGUUCUUCUGGUAUACCAUACUGCUGUUUUCCAUCUUGUUCUUACUGUUCAUGUCCUUCUUAUCUUUAUACAGUUCUGUUAAAAAAGGAAGCAAUGUUGUGCAAGCAUCUCCUUGCAAUGGAACUAGCAAUUGCUUUGGAUGAUUUCAUAACAAGAGAAAUCUCUGAUGAAGAGUUUGUUGCCUAUGUUGCUUAUGAAACAGAAUCUCCUGUCAAAAAAGAGGAGAAAUCACGUAACUAAAGAUGCCAGUCCAAAGAUGCAGGUCAACCUAAUGCCUUUGAGCUAAGCUAAGGUUCUGCCGUUUGUCCAAGGAAGCGUUCAUUCCAGAUCAUUCAGCUUCAGCAGCAGCAAUGUCUCUCACAGCUUGAAAUGCAGCAAUCAAUGAACUCAGUUGA